AUGUUAACCUCACUGGUGCGACGCAGCAUAGUACUUUUGUUGGCUGCUUCAUUGCAUAUAACUGGCUAUCUAUUGUUCUUGAAAGGUUUCUUCCCUGCCAAGACAGUACUACCUGGAGAUCUGAUUUUCCCCAAUGAAGUUUCCCCGUAUCUUUUCAAGGGCCAUGCACAAUUCGAUAACUUGGUUCUAGUUGUGGUGGAUGCCAUGCGUUCAGACUUCAUGUAUAAUCGAGAUAUUUCUCAUAUGCCUUUUGUACAUCAACUAGUUACUAAAGGUGAUGCUUUACCUUUCACGGCGCAUGCAAGCCCUCCAACGGUCACACUUCCACGACUUAAAGGUAUAACUUCUGGCAGCACCCCUAGUUUUCUUGAUGCAAUUUUAAAUAUCGCUGACGAUAACGAUGAUACACAGGGUAUGACUGGAAGUGACUCUUGGUUGAAUCAGCUUAAAAAACAAGGUAAGAGCUUGAGAUUCUAUGGUGACGAUACAUGGCUCAAAUUAUUCCCACCAGAGGAGUAUUUCGAUAGAUAUGAAGGCACAAAUUCAUUUUUUGUCAGCGACUUUACUGAAGUUGAUAAUAAUGUAACAAGACAUUUGGAUUCGGAAUUGAAUCGUAUAAAUGGUAAUGAUGUUUUGAUUUUGCAUUACCUUGGUUUAGAUCACAUUGGUCACAAAGGUGGCCCUCGUUCUCCGUAUAUGAAGGAGAAACAGGAGGAGAUGGACGGCAUAAUAAAAAAAGUUUACGAAACAAUUGCCAAGACCAAUUCGUUAUUAGUUGUCAUGGGUGACCAUGGCAUGAAUGAAAUAGGCAAUCAUGGUGGUUCGUCCCCUGGAGAGACAAGUCCUGGAAUUUUAUUUGCAUCACCAAAAUUCAGAAACUUAAGACACAAUAACAAAGCUCCUAUACCAGAAACGAAGGAUUACCAAUAUUAUAGGACUAUCUCGCAGGUGGACUUGGUGCCUACUCUCGCAUCGCUAUUGAAUUUCCCGAUUCCUAAAAAUAGCGUGGGGGUGAUAAUCCAAGAGGUCUUAGACCUCUGGAGCAAUGAUCAAAGGUUUCUGAUCUUAAAGAGUAACCUCGUACAACUUGCAAAAUUGGCGGGUGAAGAUAUAUGGACAUCCGUGAAAGAUUCAGAUUCCGAAGAGAAAUUGUAUGAGCAAUUGAAAAAACUUCUGUCAAAUCUUCAAAGCGUUGCUACAGAAUACAAAUACUUCGACAUCAUUUGCGGAUUACUUGGCUUACUUCUCGGGGGGCUUCUCUCCUUUGCUUUAUUCGCUUCCUUCUGGAAAGGCAGUACUUUCGAGGUUGCUUUACAUUACGCAAUAGUGGGACUAUAUUCUGUUCACUUUCAUGCAUCCUCCUUGGUUGAAGAGGAACAUCAAAUUUGGUGGCUCAUCAGUAUCUCACUUUUGGCGUUUUAUUGUUACCUUGGUCGAUUUAAAAACUUACUUUCUUGCACAUUGAUUCUCCUAUGUCUUCGAAUAAUACGAACAUGGAGCAAUUCGGGACAAAAGUAUAAAACACAACUAACACUCGGAGAGAUAUUACUCAACAAUAGCAACGUUCUUUGGAUACUAGUUACCAUCACUUAUGCAUUGCUUGCUGUGAGUAUCUUUUGCCAGGGCAGUUUUAUUGACUGCUUGACCUUGAGUAGGAUUGACAACAUGACGGAUAAGGUUAGGGAUUUCGGCACGCUUUUUGCCUUCAUCUUGAUUUUCGUCACUUGUUCCGUUUCACUUCUGUUCAAGCUAUGCCAAUGGGUUACCGACGGACAUAGUGUGCCCAAUAUGAGCUACGGUAUAUUGAAUUGGAUCUGUGAAUCAUACGGUGUGGAUUAUUCUACGGCAGACAAGCAUGAUUUUCAAGUCAUUAACACACAGCUCUCGAGAAGUACAGCCUGGUUGGUGCUAUCAUUGCUUUUGUUGAGACUUAUGCUAGGUAAGAUUCGUGGUUUAAAAGCAGGGAUGUGGACAGAUGUCGCCAACAUUACGACGGUAUUGCUUCUACAUCAAACUCGAGUCGAGCAUAUACCGAUGUUCCUUGUAUUUUUUGCUCUCAGGUUAUUAUUCGCAAGGCUUAUCAAAAAAGAAGAGAUCGCAUCAUCAAACCUACAGAAGCGCGUUUAUUUGACAAGCAUAAUGAGUUUUUGCGCACAACAAUUGAGCUUUUUCUCGAUGGGAGGUACGAACCUGUUAGCGACCGUCGAUCUAUCUAAUGCUUAUAACGGUGUCAGCUCGUAUGAUGUCAUAAUAGUUGGACUUCUCACAUUUGCAUCUAACUUCAGUGGCCCUAUAUUCUGGGUAUUAUCAUCAUACCAACUUAUCUUUGAUCCCGACAGUGCACGGUACCAACAGAAUUACGAGCGGUCGGUGAUUGAUAAGAAGUCGCUAACAAAUCAGGUAUUGUUACUCAAAGCAGGUAUAUCUUUGCUGUUUUACAGUCUUUCCGCCGUUAGUUUGGCAGGAUCUUGUGUGAACCUCAGGUAUCAUUUAUUCAUCUGGUCAGUGUUUUCCCCGAAAUUACUCUAUUUUGGUGUUUGGACUGUAUUCAUGAAUCUAUUCGUGGAGCUAAUUAUGUCAACAUUAACACUACUAAUUUAG